CAACUGACCCGGACUCACUUUCGUCUUCUUCACCCACGAGUCGUCCCUGUAGACUCACUUCCCUUCUUCCCUCCCUCACACGCCCAAGCGUAGAGGUGACGUCUACUGGGCCUCUUGUUUAUUUUCUCUUCUGCCGUUCGUUCUUGUUCGAGCUUUCUUGUCUUUUCUUAUAAACGCCUGUACAUUGUGUGUGCAGUUGACCUUGCCUUGUCGAGACGUUGACCUCCAUUGUCGACGAAAGGAGCGAGCGUUGAUCGCGGUUCUUGACCAUUCAUUUUUGAUACACGAAGCCUUUCACACACACACAGCCUACUUACAUCAAGGGGAGCACACAACGGCCGGCACGCCCAACAACGCCUUUCAAGUAUUCCGACUUGAGAAGCCCACGCCUUCUUUCAAAGUCCAUUCUUUCCGGGACGGGGAUAGAGAGGAGUGACCGGCGGGAACUGGUUACACUGUUUCGCAACACCAACAUAACAUCUUCACAACAAGCAUAUAUCGCGCCGAGCCAACUCAUUUUUGGCCUCACUUUUUCUGUCUUUUGCUCGUGUAAGCGUGUCAACGAGCACGUAAAAUCUCAUCAUCAUGCUCGGUGCUCUCUUCCUCCUCGCGGCGCCCCUCGCGGCCGCCCUGCCGCCCUACGUCGUGGAGACGACGACGACCGUCAGCCACGAGCGGCGCGACCUGCCCAUCGUCAACGCCCUGGCGGAGCGGCCCGUCGAGAACACCUACAUCGCCGUCUUCAACUCGACGUUUGGGAGCGAGGCCAUCGACGCGCGCAUCUCGGCCAUGUCGAGCACCAUCCAGAAGCGCAACCUCAACAAGCGGGGGCUCGACGGCGCCUACCUGUCCACCGAGAUGAAGUCCAUCACGCUCGGCGACUGGCGCUGCGCCGCCUUCCAGGGCGACGCCGCCACCGUAAAGGAGUUCAACGCCGCCGACGAGGUCGCCUACGUCGAGGCCGACACCUGGUACAAGACGACGGCCGCCAUCAUGCAGACCAACGCCCCGCCCGGGCUCAACCGCCUCUCCCACGCCCGCGCCGGGGAGCAGGGCUACAUCUUCGACGAGGCCGCCUGCCAGGGCAUGACCGUCUACGUCGUCGACACGGGCGUCCGCGUCGACCACGUCGAGUUCGAGGGCCGCGCCGUCAUGGGCGCAAACUUUGUCAACAACGUCGACACCGACGAGAACGGCCACGGCAGCCACGUCGCAGGUACCAUCGCCGGCGCCACCUUUGGCGUCUGCAAAAAGGCCAACAUUGUCGGCGUAAAGGUCCUCGGCGCCGACGGCUCCGGCCAGAACCAGGGCAUCCUCCAGGGCAUGCAGUUCGUCCUCAACGACGUCAAGAAAAAGGGCCUCCAGAACAAGGCCGUCAUGAACAUGUCGCUCGGCGGCGGCUUCUCCCAAGCCCUGAACCGCGCCAUCGGCGCUCUCCUGGCCGGCGGCAUCGUCCCCGUCGUGGCUGCCGGCAACGAGAAGAAGGAUGCCAGCGGCACGUCCCCGGCCUCCGCGCCCCAGGCCAUCACCGUCGGUGCCAUCGACGCCACCAACGACCAGUUCGCCACCUUCUCCAACUUCGGAUCCGUCGUCGACGUCAACGGCCCCGGCGUCAAGGUCCUUUCCGUCGGCAUCGCCUCCAAGGUGGCCACCAAUGUUCUCAGCGGCACCAGCAUGGCGAGCCCCCAUGUUGCGGGUCUCACCGCAUAUGUCAUGGGCCUGACCGGCCGCCAGGCAAGCGAAAUGUCCGACGUGAUCAAGAAUUUGGCCACCAACAGCCCUGCAAAGGUCAAGGGCAUUGCGCAAGGCACCACCCCACUAAUUGUCAACAAUGGAAACCUGACGUAGAGGGCCGUUGCGGCUGAGGAGAGGGAACAAGGAUGAGGCAUCUUUGUACACCCGCUGAUGCGUUUUGCGUUUAUGUCUCUCCUGUAAAUAUCGGAUGCACUGGACGGCAGAUGGGACGCGGUGGACCCUUGUAAAGGUCGUGCUAUCAUUACUAGUAUUCUUGGACAUGUCAAAAUGGAUACCUAUUG